GCCUUGGUCCACCAUGUUCCACUUAUCCCCGCCCUUGCCACCACCGCACACAACUUUAACAUCUACUUUGUCACUCUUCGAACCUUAUUACAUUUGCAAUGGCCCGCACCAAGCAAACCGCUCGCAAGUCUACCGGUGGCAAGGCACCCCGUAAACAACUCGCUGCCAAAUCACAGGCUAGAAAGACUUCCGCUGCCGCGACUGGUGGCGUGAAGAAGCCUCAUCGUUUCCGCCCUGGUACUGUCGCUCUUCGUGAGAUUCGGCGGUACCAGAAGUCGACAGAACUGCUUAUUCGCAAGCUGCCCUUCCAACGUCUUGUCCGUGAAAUCGCUCAGGACUUCAAGACUGACCUGCGAUUCCAAUCGUCAGCCGUCAUGGCUCUUCAGGAAGCCGCCGAGGCUUACCUUGUCUCACUAUUUGAAGACACCAACCUUGCCGCUAUCCACGCCAAGCGUGUCACCAUCCAACCAAAAGAUCUUGCAUUAGCUCGUCGUCUCCGAGGAGAGAGGUCAUGAUUCUUUUUCGGUCCUUGUUUGGUUUACGCGUGUGACGCGUUGUAUCGUUAGGGAUUGUUGUACUAUUUACUAUUCUAUUCUAGACU